GGGCCGCGUGCCUCGCGACGACGAUUUCGUGUUUACGUUCUCGGCGGUACCGCUUAUUUCCUGGUGCGUAGCGGGCGACGUAAGCGAGUGGGAAAGAGAGAACGUAUGGCCUUCGCAAUCAGGUUGUCAUUCCCUUUCAUCUACCGCGGACUGAUCCUCUUCGCCGACGUGUCGAAGGUGCCUGAGGAAGAGAUGAACGCUGCGCAGCUGAUCGGCAAGUUCACCAUCAAAGAAGUCAGCUCUGGCAAGAGCGUGACGGUGGAGUCACUGUGGCGUGACCAGACAUGCGUGCUCAUGUUCUUCCGCCGUUGGGCAUGCCCCUUCUGCCGCCUGGACGCUGUCCGCCUCAGCCGCAUCAAGCCGCAACUGGACGCCGCUGGCGUGCGCCUUGUUGGCAUUGGCCACGAGAACAUUGGCCUCGAUGAUUUCCGCCAAGGCGAAUUCUUUAAAGGAGAACUCUAUGUUGAUGAAGAGAGGAAUGCAUACAAGGCCCUUCAGUACAAGAGGUUCAGUUGGUUCUCCAUCAUUCCUGCAAUCCUGACAUCUUCAUCAAGAGCCAAAGCUGCUGAGGCCAAAUCUGAGAAAGUGGGAGGCGACCUGACCACUGGAGACGGCCUGCUCAUGGGCGGCACACUCGUUGUGGAACAAGGCGGCAACAAGGUGCUCCUCAACUACCAGCAGGAGGUGCCCGAGGGCUUUGUCGGCAACAGUGCCAUCCUGGACGCUCUGGGCAUUUCACGCUGAUUUUAAACGACAUGGCUGUCCCUGCAGGCAUGAAGCCCUGUGGCUGCACAAAUUGUCCUGAGCUAUAAACACCCCUUUGUGUCGCGCCUUUCGGCUGCUUUUGAACUCUGAGCCACCUGCACGUGUUGCUUGGCAACCAAGCUGUCCAUACGCCAAGACGAAUCUUGCAUCAGCUUGCAUUCAUUUUACUAUGAAUGGUGGCAAAUUGUCUUUGUCGCUACAUUCUUUUGUGAUGGAUAACUAGAAGUAUAAAACUUAACCUCCACGCUGCACUCGGUUAUAAAUGGUGCUGUUGUUUCACACCUGCCAGCCACCUACGAGUGCUGAGCCACAUGCACACGUGCCUGGCAAGGCUGUCUUAAUGUGUUUAGAAUAUGAACCUACGUCCCAAUGUAUCCUGAAGCUGCUCGCAAUAUUUGAUUUUCUGUUAGUGUGCAUGAAUUACCUUUCCUGCAUGUUUUGUAUGAAACUAAUAGAGCAGGCGCAGGCUUGUUUUUCAUGACUUACGAGUGUCAAUUAAACUAACAAAGUUCA